UUUCUCUCUCUCAAGGUUCUCUUUGUCCCUUAUCGUCUCACGUUCUCACUUUCUCGCCCCAUACAGGUUUUCCACCAGCCAAGAAGCGGAUAGAAAAUAUCCGAGAAAUUUUUCAGAGCAAGGGAGGGUGACUCACACAGAGUCUAAGCUCUAGACUCAGAAAUCUUACCUCCAACCUCGAAUCCACAAUCCAUGGCUUUUCGUUUCUCACUGUUUAUUGCGACCGUCUUCGAUCUGAAUCGCCGCCUCUGAAGUUAUUCUCUCUUUGUCCGUUCGUUUCCCAUUUUCCCUUGUGAAAUCAGCAGGUUUUCUUUCUCUUUUGCGCUUCUCAAUUCUUGCGUUUGAGGUUUUUGCUUUGGAGCUGCCGGCAAGCCCUAGACUGGUGUGCGGCGCGGCGAUUUUGUUGCCGCGUGUGGUUUCUUGUUCGAUCUGUGGGCGGGGAACCUUGCGAAUCGGCCUUGGUUAAUUUAGCUGUGUGAACCCUAGAUUUGGUGUGAACGUAGGAUUUGGAGUUUGAGUUUGUGUGGAUUUGAUUUGACGGCGGUGUGGUUUUGUUGAUUUGGUUGGUUUUGCGUUGAAUACUGUUCGGUUUUCAUUGGCUGCCCAUGCUAUUGGGUUGGUUUUAAUGCCGCCUGAACCAUUGCCUUGGGAUCGAAAGGACUUCUUCAAGGAGAGGAAGCACGAGAGGUCGGAAUCGCUAGGCUCUGUGGCGAGAUGGAGAGAUUCCUCGCAUCACCGAGACUUCAACCGCUGGGGAUCCGCCGAGUUCCGCAGACCGCCAGGUCAUGGUAAGCAGGGUGGUUGGCACCUGUUUCCCGAAGAAUCUGGGCAUGGGUAUGCGAUAUCUCGGUCCAACAGUGACAAGAUGCUGGAGGAAGAUAGUCGACCGUCGAUUUCACGAGGUGAUGGAAAGUAUAGCAGGAGCAGUAGGGAAAAUAGAGGACCCUUUGGCCAGAGAGAUUGGAGAGGACAUUCGUGGGAAACAACCAAUGGCUCUCUAAAUUUGCCCAGGAGGCCUCCGGAUGCAAACAAUGACCAGAGGUCAGCUGAUGACGCCCUAACUUAUUCCUCUCAUCCACAUUCUGAUUUUGGAAAUGCUUGGGAUCAGCACCACUUGAAAGACCAGCAUGAUAAGAUGGGUGGUGUGAAUGGGUUGGUAACAGGCCCGAGAUGUGAAAGAGAAAACUCUCUGGGUUCAAUUGACUGGAAGCCACUUAAAUGGACCCGUUCUGGAAGCUUGUCUUCUCGAGGCUCAGGUUUUAGCCACUCAAGUAGCUCAAGAAGCAUGGGAGGAGCAGAUUCCCAUGAAGUUAAAGUUGAGUUGCAACCCAAAAAUGCAGUUGCUAAUGAGUCACAUUCAGGGGAAGCUGCUGCAUGUGCAACAUCUUCUGUGCCUUCUGAAGACACAACAUCUAGAAAGAAGCCUAGGCUAAAUUGGGGUGAGGGACUUGCAAAGUAUGAGAAGAAAAAAGUCGAGGUGCCUGAUGCCAGUGCUAACAAAGAUGCCCCAGUCUUGUCUACUAGUAACACAGAACCUUCUAAUUUCUUCAGUCCCAGCUUAGUAGAUAAAAGCCCAAAAGUUACAGGAUUUUCUGAAUGUGCAUCUCCUGCAACUCCUUCUUCUGUUGCCUGCAGUUCCUCACCAGGUAUGGAUGAUAAAUUAUUUGGAAAGACCACAAAUGUGGACAACGAUGUUAGUAAUUUGAUUGGUUCUCCUGCUACUGGUCCUGGGUGUGAAAAUCAUCUGCAGAGGUUUUCUUUUAACUUAGAGAAAUUUGGUAUUGAUGCCUUGAAUAAUUUGGGUACUUCAAUUAUUGAGUUGGUACAAUCUGAUGAUCCAACUUCUGUGGAUUCUGGUCUCAUGAGGUCCAAUGCUAUUAAUAAGUUGCUGAUAUGGAAAGCUGACAUUUCAAAGGUGUUGGAGAUGACUGAAUCUGAAAUAGAUUUACUUGAAAAUGAACUGAAGUCGCUGAAAUCAGAAUCUGGGGACAGAAGUCUAUGUCCAGCAGCAUUGGGCUCCCAGCUGGUAGGUGGCAAUGAAAAAUCCUGUGAAGAACAUGUUGGAGUCUCUGAUAAGGUCAUCCGGCCAGUACCCUUGAAAAUUGUUUCCUCUGAUGAUCUCAAUGUGGAGAAGCUGCCACUUUCAACUAAUUUACAUGGUGUUCAGGAAAAUGGCAAGGAAGAGGAUAUUGAUAGUCCUGGAACAGCAACUUCUAAAUUUGUUGAGCCUCUGCCAUUAACUAAAGAAGUUUCUUCAUGUGUUACCAUGGGGUAUGAUAAUUUCUCUGGGGACUUGGAUGCUGUUCAGUCCACUGCUGUGAAAUGCUUACUUCCCUGUACUACUAGGAAAGAAGCUUGUGGUGAUGGGAAAACAUCUAUGGAGGUAAAGGAUAGCAUGGAUAUUUUAUAUAGUACAAUUAUUUCUUCCAACAAAGAAUCUGCUGACAGAGCUAGUGCGGUAUUUGUUAAGUUAUUGCCGAAAGAUUGUUGGAAGAACGAUAAGAUGGAAGCUAGCAGUGACUCGUGCUCUCAUAACAUCAUUAUGGAAAAAUUUGCUGAGAAAAAGCGACUGGCUAGAUUUAAGGAGAGAGUUAUUGCACUUAAGUUCAGAGCCUUGCAUCACCUGUGGAAAGAAGAUAUGCGCUUACUGUCUAUUAGGAAAUGCCGACCAAAAUCUCACAAAAAAAAUGAACUAAAUGUGCGAACUAUCUGUAAUGGCAACCAGAAGAAUCGAUCAUCCAUAAGAUCACGUUUUCCCUUUCCAGCAGGAAAUCAUCUAAGCUUGGUUCCAACAUCAGAGAUAAUUAAUUUUACAAGCAAAUUGAUUUCAGAAUCCCAAGUUAAAGUUCAGAGAAACACUCUAAAGAUGCCAGCAUUAAUUAUGGAUGAUAAAGAGAAGAUGGUUUCAAAAUUCAUAUCUAGUAAUGGGCUGGUUGAAGAUCCAUUGACUAUUGAAAAAGAAAGGGCUAUGAUCAAUCCUUGGACAUCAGAAGAGAGAGAAGUUUUCUUGGAGAAGUUUGCUUCCUUUGGAAAAGAUUUCCGAAAAAUUGCCUCUUUUCUUGAUCACAAGACAACUGCUGACUGUGUUGAAUUCUACUACAAAAAUCACAAGUCUGAUUGUUUUGAGAAACUUAAGAAGCAAGAUGUUGGUAAGCUAGGAAAGUCAUUUUCAGCUAAAACUGACUUGGUGGCAUCAGGUAAAAAAUGGGAUCGUGAAUUGAAUGCUGUUUCACUUGAGAUUUUGAGUGCAGCUUCAGUGAUGGCAGAUGGCAUUGCUGGUAACAAAAAAAUGCGUGCAGGAGGCUUCCUUUUGGGGGGAUAUGGUAAUAGGAAGACAUCGAAGGGUGAGGAAAUCGUAGAGAGAUCAAGCAGUUUUGAUAUUCUUGGAGACGAAAGAGAGACUGCUGCUGCAGCUGAUGUAUUAGCUGGUAUAUGUGGUUCUCUUUCAUCUGAGGCUAUGAGUUCUUGCAUAACAAGUUCAGUUGAUCCUGUAGAAGGUAGCAGGGAUAGGAAGUUCCUGAAAGUGAACCCUUUAUACAAACCACCUUUGAUGCCUGAUGUUGCUCAGAAUGAUGAUGAUGAGACUUGUUCAGAUGAGAGCUGUGGUGAAAUGGAUCCUACUGACUGGACUGAUGAGGAGAAGGCAGCUUUUCUUCAGGCUGUAUCAUCUUUUGGGAAAGAUUUUGCAAAGAUAGCACGGUGUGUAGGGACAAGGUCCCAAGAACAAUGCAAAGUUUUCUUCAGCAAGGCUCGGAAAUGCCUUGGGUUGGAUCUCAUGCGCCCCAUACCUGAAAAUGUUGGAUCCCCAGUGAAUGAUGAUGCAAAUGGGGGUGAGAGUGACACAGAUGAUGCAUGUGUUGUUGAGACAGGCUCAGGAGUCGGCACAGACAAGUCUGGCACAAAAACAGAUGAAGACAUGCCUUUGUAUGGCAUGAACACAUACCAUGAUGAAUCCAAACCUGUGGAUGCUAGGAAUCUGUCAGCCGAAUUAAAUGAAUUGAAGGCAAUUGAUGGGACAAAAAUAUAUCUUGAUGAUGCAAAUGUGGUUUCCGAUGCUUGUGCAGUUAAGGUUGAAUCUAAAUGGGGCCCUGAUGGUAGUGAAGUUGUCUUGUACGGUUCUAGUUCUGUCAGUGGACAAGCAACUCUAAUUAUGUCAGAUGGCAUGGAAGUUGGAAAAGAUAAUGCAAAUAAAUUGGGAGGUGCAGUGGCAGAAUUUAUAUCUGCUUCAGAUAUAAUUGAACCAAAUGAGUGUAAUUCUGUUACUGAGGAUAGAAUGGUUUCUGAGGUUUCUUCUGGGGUUCUUGAAACAGAAUUGGAGAGGCAAGGAGUGUCUUCACCUCAAUGUCUUGAUGAUGGAGAUAUUAAACCUGAAGCUGAUUCAGGUGUAGUAGUUGAAUUAAAAAGCUCCUUCCAAGAUUUAAGCACUGUGGUAAAUGCUUCACUUUCAUCCAAGGGCAAUUCUUGUUCAGGAUUGAGUUUUGAUACUGAAAAUAAGCAUGUGCCCCUUGGAAAGCCUUGUACUUCAUUGUCUAUGGAGGAACUUCAUGCUACUGCAAAUUCAUUGUUGCAAAAUACUGCUGCAGCUGAUGUUCAGUGUGAGAAAACAACUAGCCAAGAUCGACUGUCCUCUACUUGUGAUAUUCAGGGAAGUAGAGAUAUGCGGUGUCAUAAUUCCAUUAGCAGUGUUGACCAUCAGCUUCCCAUUCCUGGGAAUUCAUCAGACCAUGUUGAUGCUGUUAGCAUCCUUCAGGGCUAUCCCUUGCAGGUGCCUAUUAAGAAGGAAGUGAAUGGGGACUCGAAUUGCAGCAGUUCAGCAACUGAGUUGCCUUUACUGUCCCAAAAGAUUGAACAGGCUGAUGAUCAUUUCAAAACAUUGCAUUUGUCAGAUUCUGAUAAAUCAUCCAGAAAUGGUGAUGUGAAACUGUUUGGGAAGAUACUAACCAAUCCUUCAUCUGCGCAGAAACCUAAUGUGAGUGCUAAGGUAAGUGAAGAAAAUGGGACCCAUCAUCCCAAGUUAGUCAACAAGUCUUCUAGUCUGAAGUUUACUGGUCAUCAUAAUGCUGAUGGAAAUUUGAAAAUUUUGAAGUUUGACCGUAAUGAAUAUCUUGGCCUUGAAAAUGUUCCCAUGAGGAGCUACGGUUAUUGGGAUGGGAACAGAAUACAGACUGGCCUCUCGUCGUUGCCCGAUUCUGCCAUCCUGCUUGCAAAAUAUCCUGCUGCCUUCAGUAAUUAUCCUGCAUCUUCUGCCAAGUUGGAGCAACCGUCCUUGCAGGCAUAUGCCAAGAAUAAUGAAAGGCUUCUGAAUGGUGCAUCUACUUUUACGACUAGAGACAUCAAUGGCAGCAAUGCUGUGAUUGAUUAUCAGAUGUUUAGAAGGGAUGGUCCAAAGGUGCAGCCAUUUAUGGUAGAUAUCAAGCAUUGCCAGGAUGUAUUCUCUGAGAUGCAGCGAAGAAAUGGUUUUGAAGCAAUUUCAAGUUUACAGCAACAGGGGAGAGGAAUGAUGGGAAUGAAUGGCGUUGGAAGACCUGGAAUUCUUGUGGGAGGAUCAUGUAGUGGCGUCUCAGAUCCUGUGGCAGCAAUCAAAAUGCAUUAUUCCAAUUCUGACAAGUAUGGUGGUCAGACUGGGAGUAUCACAAGAGAGGAUGAAUCUUGGGGAGGGAAAGGGGACUUAGGCAGGUAGUAGAUGUGCUGAGCGGCAAAACUCUUCUUUUUGCCGCGCCCUGUAUAAUAGUUUUUGUUAUUGCUCAAUACAGUGUAGGGCGAUUUAAUGGUUCUCAAGCCCAUCUUUUUGGUAAAAUAUUUAGGUGCUUGUAAUAUGGCAGCAGCUUUGUAUUUGUUGUAUUUGAUGAAAAUACAGAAAUAAUCUCUGAAAAAGUUAGGAGGGGCGAUUGCCAUUACCAUUGCCAUUCGGGAUCCCUUGUCGCAUCAUCUCAUUCUAAUAAUUCACUUGGUCGCCGCCUGGAUAUUUCUUUCUAGUUUUGACGAUUCAUUUCGAGACACUAAUUUACUAUUUCAGAGUGUGGCUCUAAACAUGGGUAGUUCCCCUUAGUUUUCCCGCGUUUCAUUUCUGGUUUUGCAUUUAAUUUCAAUAAUGAGACUGAUUAGCGUCUCUUAAGUUACGUGUCUGAUUUUCGCUAACAGGUUGUGUUGUUACCCGUGUCGGAGUAUAUUUUACCAUUGGGAGCGCAGCUCUUACUAGUGUUAUGACAGUUAUUCCCUAUCCAUUACACGUC